AUGGACGUCGCCCGUACGUCCAUGAUGCAUGCGGCUGCCCCCCAUUUUCUGUGGCCGUUUGCGGUUCGGUACGCGGCGCAUCAGAUCAACUUUCACCCCAGGGUCUCCAUGCCGGAGACCUCCCCAGCCUUGCUGUGGACGGGGAAGGUUGGCGAUGCGUCUGCGUUCCGUGUCUGGGGAUCUCGGGCGUUUGUCCGCGACUUGUCUGCGGACAAGCUGUCCCCUCGUGCUGCUCCUUGCGUCUUCCUUGGCUUCCCCCCUGACGCGCCAGGGUGGCAGUUCUACCACCCCACCUCUCGCCGUGUUCUGUCCUCCCAGGACGUCACGUUUGACGAGUCGGUCCCCUACUACCGCCUCUUCCCCUACCGCACUCCGUCCCUCCCCCCGCCACCGCUCUUCCUUGUACCAGGUCCCCCCCCGGUAGACCCCCUCCCCCCUCAGGGUCCUGCCCUUUCAGGUGUGUCCCAGGUAGACGCAGUCGAGCCUGUCGAGGUUACUGGUGACUCUGGUGCUGCUGAGGGUGCUGAGCCAGGGGGUGCUGACUCUGGGGGUGCUGAGCGUGUGGGUGCUACGCCUGGGGGUGCUGAGCCUGAGGGUGCUACUACUGGGGGUCCUGAGCCUGGGGGUGCUGAGCCUGGGGGUGCUACUACUGGGGGUGCUGAGCCUGGGGGUGCUGAGCCUGGGGGUGCUACGCCUGGGGGUGCUGAGCCUGGGGGUGCCACGCCUGGAGGUGCUGAGCUUGGGGGUGCGGAGCCUGAGGGAGCUGGGCCUGCUCGUGUGGCGUCUGGCGGUGCUGAGCCUGGAGGUUCUCCGGGUGCUUCGUCUCGGCGGGAGCCACUCUCUCCACAGGAGCUGCGCGAGUGGUUUGCCCGGCGCUGGAGGCGUGCUGCUGGCGCUGGAGGUUCGUCGGCUGCUGAGGGUGCUGGUGCCGCGGGUCCCGGAGGUGCUCGUACUGGGAGUACUGGAGCUGCUGGGCCUGCGGGUACGACUGGAGCUGGAGCUGCUGAGGGUGUUGGCGCUGAGGCUACUGCUGUCGGUCCUGGAGGCGGUCCUGCUGGGGGUGCUAAUGGUGCUGCUGGAGGUACUGGAGCUGGAGGUGCUGCUGGCGCUGGUGCUGCCGCUGGGGGUACUGGUGCUGUCCCUGCUGUGUCUGGAGUCGCCGCGCGGCCUAGGCCGUACUUCGUUCCGCUCCUUCAGCAGGUUCUUGGUCUCCCGUCUUCUACUGGUCCUCCUCCUCCCUUAGAGUGUCCACAGCCUCUCCCGUCACAGUUACAGUUACAGCCGGCCUCCCCACUGCCCGCUCCUUCUCCCUACACUGGUCCUACUGGAGGUCUUGCUGAGCGUCGUGAGCCUGCGUCUCGCCCUGCGUCGCCUGUCCGUGCUGCUCGUACUAGUGGUCGUGGUUCGCGUCAGCGUCCUCCUCCUGUCCCUGGCACGCACCGGAUGUCUCUGCGUCCGUCCACUGCUCCUCUGCGUGCCCCUUUGCCUUCUCCUCCUGAGUCCUCUCUUCCUGCUCUUCCUGACCCGGAGUCGGACUCUCUUCGUGCUGCCAGUCCUACUGUCACGCGUCUCCUUGCUACUGUUGUCACAGACCCUUCCUUUGGGUCCACUGCUGCGUCUGCCCUAGUUACUGAGCUCGUCGACUUUGCUGCUCGCUGUCGUCUAGACUACGCUGCUAGUCUUGUUGCUGAGUCUGAGUCUGUCUGUCCUCCGUCCGUCGGGGGUGAGUGUGCCCUUGGCACGGACGUCCUUGAGGACAGGCAGGAGGAGUUCCAGUGUUUGGCUGCUGCUUCACCUCAUCUCGUGUCCGUACUGCUUACCCCUGAGGGAGACCUGGAUGCACUUGACAUCCCGACUCCGCGCUCUUACGCGGAGGCGAUAGAGGGUCCCUACUCCUCUCAGUGGCAGGCAGCUAUGGACGCAGAGAUGGCUUCCUGGAAGUCCACAGGCACCUACGUUGACGAGGUUCCCCCGCCUGGGGCGAACAUCGUCAGUGGCAUGUGGAUUUUCAGGGUGAAGCGGCCGCCGGGUUCUCCGCCUGUCUUCAAGGCGCGUUACGUGGCUCGUGGCUUCAGUCAGCGGCAGGGAGUUGACUACUUUCAGACCUUCUCUCCCACCCCGAAGAUGACCACUCUUCGGGUACUGCUGCACAUAGCUGCUCACCGCGACUACGAGCUGCACUCUCUUGACUUCAGCACUGCUUUCUUGCAGGGCAGCCUGCACGAGGAGAUCUGGCUACGUCGCCCACCUGGCUUCACUGGGUCCUUUCCUCCUGGCACCCAGUGGAGCCUCCGGCGGCCAGUCUACGGUCUCCGCCAGGCACCACGUGAGUGGCACGACACACUGAGGACUACACUUGCGGCUCUUGGGUUUGCUCCCUCUACUGCCGACCCGUCGCUGUUUCUGCGCACCGACACUUCUUUGCCGCCGUUCUACAUCCUCGUGUACGUCGACGACUUGGUCUUCGCCACAGCUGACACUGCUGGACUCGCCCACGUGAAGUCCGAGCUGCAGAAGAGACACACGUGCACAGACCUGGGUGAACUGCGUAGCUACCUUGGCUUGCAGAUCACCCGGGACAGAGCACGCCGCACCAUUACCCUGACUCAGUCACACAUGGUGCAGCAGGUCCUUCAGCGCUUCGGCUUCACGUACUCCUCGCCUCAGGCCACUCCUCUGUCUACUCGCCACUCGCUCUCAGCUCUGCCUUCGGAUGAGUCCGUAGAGUCGAGUGGCCCGUACCCAGAGCUUGUUGGCUGCCUCAUACCGGAGCACAUGGCUGCAGCGAAGAGGGUGUUGCGCUACUUGUGUAGUACGUCGGGCAUGGGGCUUGUGCUUGGAGGGCAGAGUCCAGUGGUCCUCACUGGGCACGCAGACGCUUCUUGGGCUGACGACCAGGCUACGCAGCGGUCGUCACAGGGUUACACCUUCAGCCUUGGUUCCGGCUCUGUUUCGUGGCGGGCUACCCGCUCGUCUUCUGUUCUCGGCUCCAGUUGUGAGGCUGAGAUCUACGCCGGGGCCAUGGCUGCACAGGAGCUUUGCUGGCUCACCUACCUGCUGACUGACCUCGGAGAGCCGCCUCGUUCUCCUCCAGUACUGUACGUAGACAACAAGGCCAUGCUGGCCUUGUGUCGAGAGCAGAGACUGGAGCACAGAACGAAGCACAUUGCUCUCCGCUACUUCCUUGCUCGUGAGCUACAGCAGCGUGGUCAGCUGCGGCUUGCGUACGUGGCCUCUGAGGCCAACACUGCUGAUAUCUUCACCAAGGCACUUGCGCCUUGUGAUCAUCAGCGCUUCUGUACUCAGCUGGGUCUUGUGCCUACCUUGCCUCACUUGCUCACCCCUUGA